GCGAGACGGGGUCUCAAGUCUUCUGAGUUCACUUAGAAUUUGCUAUUAUAUGACGAGGUAAUGUGUUGAACCUGCACAAACCAAGUUAUCAGGCCGACGAAUUAAGUUCCAGGUGGGGAGGGCUUCUUUGUGCUCGCACCACGGACGGGAACAGCUUCAUUGUCUUUGUCAUUGCGUGAGUGGGUGAAUGCCAACUCACCGCAUGCAGAGAGCGCGCACAAAGAACGCCCCUGUGAAAGUGUUUGUACCGCCCAACACACAUAUUAGUUUUCUCCCGAGUGGGAAGGUAGGCUUGUUCCUUCCCCACGACAUCGAGAAUCAAACAGAGUAUCAACCGAAGAUGUCAGACCGAGAUUGUCAACCGGGAAAUAUGGUUGAGCUUGAAGACGUCCUCUCACCACCAUUGCCUACCCCAGACGCCUUAUCCCACCAUACACCCCCCUCAGACGAUGACGACAACGACGACGACGACGACGACGACGACAACGACACCUCCUCCACAACCUCAACAACCUCAACAACCCAAUGGGCCCACGAACCCUUCACCACCUUCCACCCGCGCGUCCUCUCCCUCGCACACACGCUCUGGCCCCUCGCCCCACCCUCCUCCAUCACCAUCGAGCGCAUGCAAGGCGGCGGCUACAACCGCAUCAUCGGCAUCGCGAUCCCGUCUCUCGGGGUGAACUGCGUGCUGCGCAUUCCGCGCAUGGAUGCGGCGCGGCUGGACCGCGAUGUUGCGGCGCUGCGGUACGUGGGUGAUAUGGGCGGGGUGCCGGUGCCGCGGGUGGUGGGGUUUGAUGGCGGGAGGGAGAAUGAGGUGGGCGAGCGGUUUAUGGUUAUUACGCGGUUGGAGGGGGGGAGCUUGUUGGGGGAGUGGGGAGGGUUGGGCGGGGAGGGGAGGCGGAGGGUUGCUGAGGACUUGGGGCGUGUCUUGCGGAGGUUGAUGGAUGUUACGAGUUCAACUGCGGGAUGGCUUUGUCUGCCGUCGAAUGACAAUGACAAUGCCAACGACAUCGACAAUGCAUCGCGGGACGAGGUCAUCAUCGAGCCCUUCUUCGAGUGGGAAGGCUCACCCCAGCGUCAAGACAAGCCACCCCCAACCAUCCGCAAACUCCUGGAAACAAACUUCCAAGACCGCAAAGACGACGGCCUGAUAAACCUCCCCGCCGACGUCCUCCGCCCAAAAUUCAUGGACCAAUUCAUCGUCAUGGCCUCAGAACUCGAAGAAGACGGCUGGUUCGCCGACAACGAGAUCUCUCUCUGCCACCUCGACCUCGAACCCCGGAACAUACUCUGCGGGACGACUCCUGACUGUCCAACGCCGCACAUCACAGCCGUGCUAGACUGGGACGACGCCGUCCUAGCCCCCACCUUCAUGUCCUGCACGCCACCGACAUGGAUAUGGGCGUGGGAUGACGACGAAGACGACAACGAGCUACGGGCAAACGACAUGCCAGCCACCGAAGAAGAUGGGAUACUGAAACGCGCGUUUGAAGACGCCGCCGGGCCGAAGUAUCUUCGCUAUGCGUAUGAGCCGGCGUAUCGCUUGGCGAGGAGACUUGUGCAGUUUGCUAUCGAUGGUAUGAAGUAUAGCCAUGAUAUCACCGAGGCUGAGGAGAUGCUGAGGGAGUGGAAGGAGAUUCGUCGGGUGAGGCGGGAGGCGCGUGGGGAUGGGGUGGAUGGGAGGCAUCCGUUGGGUCAUGUUUUUCCUUUCUUGAACGAGGAUAGGGCGGGGAUGCGGCACCCGUUGGGUCAUGUUUUUCCGUUCUUGAAUGGGUGCUCGGCGUGA